GAACUAAGCGAAUAUAGACGUGAUUCUCCUUUUCAAAAAUACAAUUUUUUUACAUAUACAUAGAAAAGAAACAAAAUAAAUGAAAACUGUAUAAAUUGUCAAAAUAAAAAGAGAUAUAUAAAAACAUAGUGAACUAUAACUUUUGGAUUUCAAAUUUUUAAGUAUAUAAAAAAUUAAAUAGAAAUCUAAACAAACAAAAUUAAAUAGAAAUCUAAAAAACAUAUUGCUAAUUCUAAACAAAUAAAAUAGAGUUUUUCUAACAACUUCAAGAAGUUUCUAGUACAAUAAAAAACGCCUUUAUACAUCAUAGUUAGUUGAUACAUACAUACAAAAAAUACACAAAACCAACGCAGACGAGAAGAAAAUGUUCUUAUAUCUAUGACCAAUUAUUGACAUCACCACAGAAUUUCGUACAAUUAUUUGCCUCUGAAUUUCCAUUCAUCUCAUUCGAACGCCAACAGUUGGUACAAACUUUAACUGCCAUGUCUACGGCAUUCCUGACCGCAAUAGCGGUUAUACUCUGCAUUCUAUUUCGCAUUUUAAACGUCAACAGCCAACCAUUGAAACCCAGUGUUUGGUGUCUGGAUCAACAGUUUUUAGAUUGUCUAUAUAAGAUUGCUCCAGUUUUAAAGGAACCCUACAUACCAACACGCUUGUGGGGUUUUAGUGGUCAUGUACAAACUGUCCUGCAUAGUAUAGUGGGACGCGUUAAAUGUCCUUGGCCGUUGGGCGAACGUGUUUAUUUAUCCCUGGAAGAUGGUUCUACAUUAACGUAUGAUUUGUAUCAACCUCUAAAAGAAUUUGAAGAUGACAUCACCGUAGCCAUAUGUCCUGGUAUUGGCAAUUCCUCGGAAAGUGUUUAUAUACGCACAUUUGUUCAUUAUGCACAAUGUCAUGGCUAUCGUUGUGCAGUCCUUAAUCAUAUUGGUGCCUUAAAUAGUGUUCAAGUCACUGCAUCGAGAAUAUUCACAUAUGGUCAUACUGAUGACUAUUCCAUAAUGGUUGAGAAUCUAACGGAAAAAUAUAGGGAUACACAUAUUGUGGCGGUGGGCUUUAGUUUGGGUGGUAAUUUGGUUACCAAAUAUAUGGGUGAAAGUGACAAGAAGAAACCACAAAAUAUCAUUGGUGGUAUUUCGAUAUGUCAGGGCUAUAAUGCCGAAGAAGGCACCAAAUGGCUAUUAAAUUGGCAAAAUUUCCGUCGUUUCUAUUUGUACAUUAUGACUGAAAAUAUGAAAAAUAUAAUUUUAAAACAUCGUCAUGUACUCCUGUCGGAGGAGACACGCCAGCGUCAUAACUUAAAUGAGCGUGAAAUUAUUGCAGCCGCCACACUGCCAGAACUGGAUGAGGCUUAUACAAGACGUGUUCAUAAUUUCCCUACAACAACAGACCUUUAUAGAUGGAGUUCCUCUUUACACUAUUUUGAUAAAAUUGAAAAGCCAAUGAUAUUUAUAAAUGCCAAAGACGAUCCCUUAGUACCAGAAGAUUUAUUGCCGCCCAUUAAGAAUUUUGCCGCAUCUCGUCACAAGACUUGUUAUAUCGAAUUGGCCCAUGGUGGUCAUUUAGGUUUCUAUGAAGGUGGUCUUAUUUAUCCAAAUCCUGUUACCUGGUUAGAUCGCACAUUAAUAUCAAUGAUUGGAGCAUUAUUCAUGAUCCACAUAAAUCCCUCAAAACAUCAGAUCUCAGCAACGCAUUAAAGAGCUUACAACAAUAUAU